GAAAGCAUCAGAGACACUCCACCUGCAGAUCAUACUUUGGAGCAGUAACUUUGACAUCCGAGGAACAACCGAUUAGAUUGACGACAAGAAGACUCACAGGCAUGGAUAAAAGACUGAUCUUCUGUGUUCUGUUGGUGAUGCUGUCUGGGAGAUUUGUGGGCACGUAUGCUGAGAUCUCUGGAAACACUACGACAACUCCAGCCAGCAACAUGACAACAAUAGAAGAAAACACAACAACAAGUCACAGCAAUAUCUCAGCAACUCCAGCCAGCAGCACGAUAGCAACAGCAGGAAACACAGCAACAAGUCACAGCAAUAUCUCAGCAAGCAGCAGCUCCAUGCCGGCAACAUCUGAAAACACAGCAACAAGUCACAGCAAUAUCUCAGCAACUCCAGCCAGCAGCACGACAGCAACAGCAGGAAACACAACAACAAGUCACAGCAAUAUCUCAGCAACUCCAGCCAGCAGCAUGACACCAGGAUCCAGCGUGCCGAGUGCAUCAACACAAUUUGCCUCAGUGUCACCAAACACCACAGUGCUAACCCUUGAGACCAACAUCACUAAUGCUGAGUGUGGAACCCAGCAGCUGUGUGUCGCUGAGCCCUCUAAGUGCGACCCCUCUGUAACAGGAUCUUGCUUCUUCCUUGCUGCCAAGCAGCAAAGUGGUCGAAACUUUAACUUUGAUCUCUCAGGAGAUUCAGACGGAUACAUUGCAGCAACUCUGACAGGUGGCGUUGGAGAGGGAGACCCGACUUAUGUCUGUGCAAAGAGCAAGGGUCAAGUCAAAUUCUUCUCAACAAUUCUCCUCAACAAUAGUGUUCUGAGUAUUUCAGAGCUCAAUGUGAACUCAGUGAAGGGCAAGAUCAAGGGCAAAACAAUUCAGUGCAGUUUCCUGGCCACUGUUCCAGAACCAAAAACUCGAGCAACUACCCUCGGCAUUGGGGUUUCCACAGGAGAGUAUAAUGACACUAAUGAUAGCCUGGGUGCUCCCGCCUCUGUUAUAAAGGUCAACGCGGUAGAUCUGGCAAACCCGAAGAGCAACGUAACCAACGAGAUUACCAACACAACAACCCCGGCACCAACCGGGAACAUUGCAACCACAGUGGCACCACUGGGGGCCCUAAUCCCCGAACUUUCGACAACUAUAACCCGGCAAGACUGUGGCUCCUCCAAGCUGUGUGCAGCCGAACCCUCAAAGUGCGAUCCCGCUGCCGGAGACAGUUGCUAUUUCCUUUCUGCCAAGCAACAAAGUGGCCAAAUAUACAACUUUGAGCUCUCAGGCCAGUCAGAAGGCUAUGUUGCUGCUGGACUCUCAACUAGUGAAAUUGAGACUGGCACUCACACGACUUACAUUUGUGCAAACGACAACGGUACUGUCAGAUUCUUCGUUGGCACCAUUGUCAAUUUGGAGAUAAAUAUCAAAGCGUCGCAGAACUCAAGCAACGAGCGGGGAAAAGUCAACGGCAACAAAAUCCAGUGUACGUUUUCAGCUGAUCUACCAGACAAUUCUGUCCGAGCAGCAAAUUACGCUCUGUCAGUUUCAAGUGGAUCUUAUGACGCCCAGUCCGUAAAGCUGGGAAAACCAAAGUUCCAAUUACUGACAAGACGUGCAAACUUGUCGGAUCCUACCGCUAACCUCACCAACCUGCUAAACAAUGCCACCACCAAUUACGCUCCUUCUCUGCUCACAUCCACACCCUCUUUCUUGCCUGCUCUGCUGGUUACCGUGUGUAUGCUGGCGUUCACAGCAAUGUGAAGAAACCAACGUUGACACAUUUUCUAGUGACUUGGGAUUCCUGCCACUAAAGAAAAAUGACUAAACUGGACCGUUUAAUGUUUACUUAUUAUUGAAAGUUCUUAUUCGAACAUAAGACUUUAGAUCACUGGAGUACAAUGAAGUAGCAUGUCCUAUUACACUUUUAAAAAGUUGCAAGAAAAGUGGUGAUGUUUUUCCUUUCUUUCUUUCCUUAAUCAGCAUAAGCCAACUUUGAUCUGAUUUGAUUUUGGUUUAUGUAACAGGACUGGGGUUUUGAGGUCUGGUUACUUUGUAAAGCCUGGUGGUUUAUGUUAUUGUUAUUAUUAUGUUUAUUUUGUGUUUAAUUUAAUUUUUUAAUUUUUUUAAAUAGUUUCAUUGAAAAACAGCUUGUGUGAAUCUACAUGUAACAUUUGUGUUGCAAAAUGUUUUCCAACAUGUUUUAUUCCUGAAGCAUUGCUAAAACCGAUGCCAUCAAACUACUGCAUUUGUUGCGAUGAUAUAUGUUAUGUUAUUAAGAACAAACAGGUGUUUAAAUUAUGAAGCCUUCGCUGGCUGACGUUGUAUGCUCGUUACUUGCAAACAGAAUGAAAAAAAUGCUGGACCAUAUGCCAUAAAUUGGUGAGUUAAUAAUUUAGGCCCAAGAUUACCAGAUUUUUUUGAUUUCUUUCAGGAGUUGAAUAAAUAU